GAUUCCGCUUCUCCGCUUCCAUCAUAAAUAUCUCUCUCUCUCUCUCUCUCUCUCUCCUUCACCCAUCGUUUUUCUCUAGAUUGUUCUCUCUCACUCACACCAUUCUCAUUUCUCUCUUUAACCGUAAACGAUUCUUCAACUUUUUUUUUGUUCUUUCUCUCGCGAUGGCUCAAGAUGAUGUUACUGCUGCUGGUGCUAACGGAGGAGCCACGACGGCGGCGGUUGUGGAGAAACCUGUUACCUUCACCGCUUUCAAGACGACGUUGACCGUUGAAGCUCAGAAAGUCAGCGACGCUGUUACGUUCUACAAAUCUGCUUUCGGUGCGAUCGAGUCUGGUCAGAGUCUUUACCCUAAGCGUAAGCUUGACCAAGAGCUUCCUCAUGUUCUCUCUUCUGAGCUCAACCUCGCUGGUUCUUCCCUCGUUGUCCGUGACGUCACCACUCUCUCUGGUUUCGCUGCGAUAUCGGAAGGUACGACGAUGACUCUAACCCUCGAGACAGAUGAUGUUGAAGCAGCCGUUGCGAAAGCUGUGUCCGCGGGAGCUGUGAAAGUGGAGGUUACGGAGGUGGAGACUGAAGGAGGUGUUCAAGGAAAAGUCACGGAUCCGUUUGGUUUCACUUGGAUCUUCUCUGCUCCGGCGAAGAAGAUUGAGAACGCCGCCGUGAACGACGAGAACAAAGAGGUUUAGUUACUGCCGUCGGAUCUGGUUUUUUCGUCGGUUUCUGAACAAACUCUUGUCACCCUUAACAUCCUAUUUUCUGGUUUAUGCGUUUAUUUUGUCUUUUCUUGAAUCCGGUACGUAGUAAACCGGAUCGAGUAGCUUAAUGACUUUCUCGGAGUUUUAAGUUUCACCCCUUUUGACAUACUCUAAUCUUUGGUGAAAUCAGAUAUUAAUCUCGGAUUUUAUAUGUUUUUUGUUGAUGA